AUGACCCAAUGGGCUAGUUUUGUGCGAGCGGAGAGCCCUUCCAACGGUGAAGACUUAGUCAAUGCAGCAGGGGCUGCCGUUGAAUCAGCCGACGAACCAUCUGGUCGAUCUGUGUCCGAUAGCCCUUACGACAUGAAAAGAGCCAACCAGUUCCUUCGGAUCGGCCGGGGAAGUCACUUUAUCCGGAUCGGACGUGGCGGCGCCAGUUCUUUCUUACGCAUUGGAAGAAAUCCGCUCAGUCAAUUCGUUCGGAUCGGCAAGGCUCCCUCUAGCAUGUUUCUACGCAUCGGGAAAAGUUCAGCUGCUGGAAACCCCGAGGUUGGGGAUUUGGCCGCCGGACCGUCAUCACUGGGCGACAGUAAUAUCGAUGAAGACGAGGUCCUCAAGAGAGCUAGUUCUUUCCUCCGAAUUGGUCGAUCCAACCCAUCAACAUUCCUAAGAAUCGGUAAAAGUGCUGGAAAUCUUGACGAAGAUACAGCCGCGAACGAAGAGAUCGUUACCGACGACAUUGACGUCCCGUCGGAAAGUGUGGCAAAACGAGCGAAUGCCUUUCUCCGGAUCGGAAAGAUCCCAGCGUCUUCUUUUGUUAGGAUCGGCCGGGGUCCCUACGGUAUUGACAACCGAAGCAACCCGCGCGGUUUCCUCUCGGUCGGUUCAAGGUUCGUUCGAAUUGGGAAACGUGAAGCCAUUCCAUCUGAAACAGGCCCGGUCCAUGCACGUCUCUUACCCAACCUUCAUGAUCAGGCACAGUGA